AUGAGGUCCCUGCUGAAGCUUGUGGUGAUUCUGUUUUGCGUCCAGAGGGGAGAGGGCCACUGGCUGAGGUCACUGAUCGAUCAGAAACAAGAAACCGCAUCUCCGCACACGUCUCCAAAUGAGGACAAAAAAAGCGGAUAUCCAGCUGAAGAAGACGGGACAUCACCCAACCCCAUCGUCACCCCGAUCCCAGUCCGGUCACGCCGCUCGACUCUAGACUCCCAGUGCGGCCUCCGCUCCAUCCUGCUGCAGGUUCGGGACCUCGGGCUAGGCUACGACUCGGACGAGACAGUCCUUUUCAAGUACUGCAGCGGGACGUGCCCCCGGGUCCGCUCCAACCACGACCUCACCCUCACCAACCUGCUGCUCAGUGGGGUGCUCCCCCACCCGGUCCCCGGGGAGCUGUGGCACAACGCGCCCUGCUGCAGGCCCACCCACCACGAGGACAUGGCCUUCCUCGACAACUCGCACCGCUGGCACAAGGUGGAGAAGCUGUCGGCCGCUGGCUGUAGCUGUGUGGGCUAG